AUGAAUGACGAUGGGUCACCAAAGGUGGAAAUUGAUGCACCUCCUCCAUACUACAAUCAGGGACAAUGUGGGUAUGAUAGAGGCCGUCAAACACGUCCAAGUGCUGAUGGGAUCAUCAAUAAAGGUGGCGGUGGAUAUGGUGGUGGAGGUAGAAGGAUCUCGGUUAGUGCCCUAGGUGGAGGUUUACUUGGUUUUGGCUCUGCAAUGCUGGCAGGAUCGCUGAUUAGCUAUGGAUUUGGAUCAAUGUGGGGAGAGGACGAAACUGAUGAGGAAGAAGGAGGUGGUGGCUACGAUUCAGACAGCGACACAAAUGACACUAAUGGUGAUGUCGAUUAUCUUGAUCUCAGCGAUCCAGCUCAACAGCCACAGGUGACAUCGGUUAUCGACAAUGACGACGACAACAGUUACACUGGAGACGCUGGUGACACUGGGCUUGAUUGUCACGUAGCCGACUCUGAUGGCUCUGGUGGUGUACAUAGCAAUGACGCUUUCGGAGGUGGAGUUUCAAGCAGUGGCGUAUUCGGAGGCGGAGAUUACAGCAGUGGUGACAUCGGAGGUGGAGAUUGUAGCGAUGGCGACUUCGGUGGUUUUUGCGGCGAAGACUAA